AUGAAAUACGUGCAACGCGGAAGUAGCAGUCUUCGCAUUGCCCCAAUCGGUGUGGGAUGUAUGAGCUUUGGAAAUCCUGAGGGUCGUUUCAAGUGGUCAAUUUCGGAAGAGGAAGCACUGCCGGUCUUGAAUCAUUGCUACGAGGCCGGGCUGAACUUCUUCGACACCGCAAACGCUUAUUCCAAUGGCUUAUCGGAAGUAAUUCUCGGCAAGGCAAUCAAGAAAUACAGCUGGCGCCGCGAAAAAAUUGUCAUCGCAACCAAGCUAUGGGCCCCUGUCGGCCGUGGUGCUGAACAGCCCAUAGCCAUGACCGAUGACGAAGAAGACAACAGCGGCUAUGUGAACCAAUACGGAUUGAGCCGGAAGCAUAUCUUUGCGAGCGUCGAGGCCAGCCUGCAGAGACUCGAUCUGCCCUACGUCGAUCUGCUGCAGAUCCACCGAUUUGACCCCAGAACUCCCGUGAAGGAGACAAUGGAGGCGCUCCACGAUAUUGUCAAGUCCGGCAAAGUGCGCUACAUCGGCGCUUCGUCGAUGUGGGCUCACCAGCUCCUCGAAUACCAAUACACGGCUCGCAUUCAUGGCUGGACGGAGUUUACCUCGAUGCAGAGUCUUCACAAUGCUAUCUACCGUGAAGAGGAGAGGGAGAUCCCUGUUGCAAUGGGCUUCUUGGCUCGACCCUGGCGUGAUUUCUCCAAGACAACCCGCGGAGAGGGCCAGGGCCCUGGUUUCCUAGGCCAGCCAGCGACAGAGACAGACAAGAAAAUCAACGAGCAAAUUGAGAAGAUUGCCGAGCAGCAUGGUGUGUCGAUGGCGACUGUAGCAAUUGCUUGGUCUCUCUCAAGGGCUUUCAUUACGGCGCCGAUUCUUGGAAUGAGCAAGAAAGAAAGAGUUGAUGAGGCAGUGAAAGCUAUUUCAUUCGAGCUUACUUCCGCUGAGUUGAAGAGCAUUGACGACCUAUACGAGCCCAAGAAGGUGCUUGGCCAUCAAUAA